AUGCUAGUACUGCCCGUAACGGUCUCCAUCAUACUAGAGAGAAGCAUUAAACACAUCCAAGAAGACCAAUUCGCCUACCACGGCAGCCACGGCUACUAUUUCAACAACAACCAGUGGGGGCGCGACGAGGGCGCGGGCAACCAGACCCUGUACGUCGACCGCGUGGAAGACACCGGCGUCGCCUGGCACGUCGACUGGACCUGGGAGGGCGGCGAGAACAGUGUCAAGAGCUACCCUUACUCCGGCCGCGAGAUGCCGGACGAGAAGAGGCUCGUCAAGGACAUCGGCAGCAUCCCCACAAAGGUCGCGUGGGACUAUAGCGGGAAGAACAUCCGCGCAAACGUCGCCUACGACCUGUUCACCGCGGCCGAUCCCAAUCGUGAUAUAUCGGGAGGGGACUAUGAGCUCAUGAUCUGGCUUGGUAACCUUGGAAAUGUACACCCUAUCGGUUCGAACAAGGGAGGCGUCAAGGUCGCCGGUCGCACUUGGGCUCUGUUCGUCGGCAACAAUGGCAACAUGAAGGUCUACAGCUUCGUCGCCCCCGAUACUGUCAAGUCGUUUGAUGCCAAUCUCAUGCCGUUUUUCGAUUACAUUACCAAUCAUUAUGAUUUUCCUGCCGGCGAUCAGUACUUGACUACCCUUCAAUUCGGUACCGAGCCAUUCACAGGAUCCAACGCCACAUUCACCACGUCAAACUGGGAGGGUCACAUUUCCAACGAGGCCGGCGAAGAUUACGAUGACGAUGACGAUGGUGCUUGCUGCAGUGCAUGUGUUGUCGUCUAA